AUGGCAUUGGCGCGUGGCGACGAGCAGGAACAUGCCGAGCUUGAAGGGCGUGGUCGUGGAAAGCGCAACAGCACCAAGGCGGCGGCGGCAAAGGGCGUUUCCUCGGGCAGGCACUCGGAGGAUGUGGCUGGUGGCGACGUGCAGGAACAUGCCGAGCUUGAAGGGCGUGGUGGUGGAAAGCGCAACAACAUCAAUGCGGCGGCGGCGGCAAAGGGCAGUCCCUCGGGCAGGCUUUCGCAGGAUGUGGCUGGCGGCGAUGAGCAGGAACAUGCCGAGCUUGAAGGGCGUGGUGGUGGAAAGCGCAACAGCACCAAGGCGGCGGUGGCGGCAAAGGGCAGUCCCUCGAGCAGGCUUUCGCAGGAUGUGGCUGGCGGAGACGAGCAGGAACAUGCCGAGAUUGAAGGGCGUGGUGGUGGAAAGCGCAACAGCACCAAGGCGGCGGCGGCGGCAAAGGGCAGUCCCUCGGGCAGGCUUUCGCAGGAUGUGGCUGGCGACGACGAGCAGGAACAUGCCGAGCUUGAAGGGCGUGGUGGUGGAAAGCGCAACAGCACCAAGGCGGCGGCGGCGGCAAAGGGCAGUCCCUCGGGCAGGCUUUCUCAGGAUGUGGCUGGCGGCGACGAGCAGGCGCUGCCCGAGCCCGUCAUCAAAGGGAUAGCACACCAGCGAGGCGGUGGCGGUAUCGAUCAGGAUGAGGACGAGCCUGCAGCAGGGGCCGAUGGGAAAGAGCAUGGACGUGAAGCUGUGAUUCCUUACAAACGACGCAAUGCUGUGGACUCGGGCGGUCGCGACCGUAAUGCGAGACAAGCUCGACAAGGCCCGGAAAAUCAGGAGGUAUACGAGGCCGAGGAGGCGGAGGAGGAGGAGGAGGAGGAGGAGGAGGAGGAGGAGGAGGAGGAGGAGGAGGAGGAGGAGGAGGAGGAGGAGGAGGAGGAUGAGGAGGAGGAUGAGGAGUUGGAGCCGGAGAGCGAGGAUGGGGAAGAGGCUCGGCCUGUGAAGAGGAGGAGUGUGCGGAAGCACAAGAACGACAACGGCAGGCGACAUUCGGAAAGGAGACGGUUGAAGAGCCGUAAAAAUAUUGUGCGUCCUGCCAAACCACCUAACAAGAGCCAGAGACCUCGAUUCCGUGCUAAAAUUGUGGGGGUGCGUCCCAAGGCGAAGCGGGCGUUGGAAUUUUAUGAGUCCAUGGGUCUCGGGGGUCCAUCAAGCUCUCAUGAUCGGAAAGCCGUAGACCCGUACGAUGCGUUACGUGAGCCAAUGGAUUUGGCUGGGAAGGGAGAUCUGAUGGCUUGGGGGUCUUCGCGUUUUGGCAGGGAAGCGACGGACCCACCUGGGAAGCAUACGGGGGGUCACGCGGUUCAUGUGAAAAUCGAGGGGGCAACGAAGCGGCACGAACCCUCGGCCGCUGCAGCAGCCAAUGACGGUGUGGGAGGAGGUGUGUGGGCGAAUGCCUUGGGUGAAUAUGGCGGCGGUGUGGAAGGCUCCACGUGGGAUGUACAGGAGAGCAGGGGACAAGGAGGAGACGCGGAAAUGGAGGGGGCGAUGAAGGAGGGGAGGGGAGAGAGCAUGGGUACACCUGGCGCAUCCAGUCGGCCCGAUAUGGCUGGCAGCAAGACUGUGGAGCAGCUCUUGCGAGAGCUUGCUCAGCGGGACCACGAAAUUGCGGAACUAAAGGCAAGGCCAGGAUCCAAAGGACCAGCUAAACCCUGCACCCCUCCGUCCGGGCCUCCUCCUCUGGCUUCCAUGUCGAGCGGCCCAUCUGCAGGGGGCCUCAAUCCAGGUGUGGCGCUGGAAAGCCCUGUGACGGAAGACGUGCCGGUCCGUCGAACGCGUGGGAUGCCCGGACCCAAGCUGCUGAAGUCAGGAUUUGAGGCGUUCCGGGGGACGGCCGCGCCUGAUGAAGACAAGAAGGACUUGGAGGAAGAGCAGGAGGUGUACGACGCGGAGGACAUGGAGACGGAUGACGAGGAGGAUGAGGAGGAUGAGGAGGAGGAGGAGGAGGAGGAGGAGGAGGAGGAGGAGGACGAGGAGGAGGAGGAGGAGGAGGAGGAGGAACAGUGGGGGCAGGAGCGGAGGAAGAGCAAAAGGCACAAGAGAUACAAAAGCAGGGGAGGCAAGAGGGAUGAGCAAGAGGAUGAGGAGGAGGAAGAGGAGGAGGAGGAUGUGAAACAGGGGGGGCGGGAGCUUAGGAAGGGCAGAAGGCAGAAGAGAGGGAAAAUCAGGGGAGGCAGGAGGGAAGAGGAAGAGGAAGAGGAGGAGGAGGAGGAGGAGGAGCAGGAGGAUGAGAAUCAGGGGGGGCAGGAGCGGAGGAAGGGCAGAAAGCACAAAAGAGGCAGAGGCAAGGGAAGCAGGAGGGAAGAGGAAGAGGAGGAAGAAGAGGAAGAGGAGGAAGCGGAUGAGGAUGAGGAUGAGAAGGGGGGGGGGGGGGGCAGGAGCGGAGGAAGGGCAAAAGACACAAGAGUGGCAAAAAACGGGGAGGCAAGAGGGCCAAGUGAUGGGGCAAUAAGACAAGGGGGGCAGCAGAUGAGGCAUGAGUGGAGUUUUCAAAGGGGGGCAGCAGGAGAGGCAUCACACACUUGCGAGGAGACAUGA